AGGGAGGGGAGGGGAGGGGGCAGGGGGAGCGAGGGAGUGGCUCCGCGCGGAGGGAGGCAGCGAUCGGAGGCACCCGGGCAGGAGAGCGGCGGAUGGGGAGAGGGUGAGGGGCGAGCGCAGGACACGGCUGCGGGAUGGAGCUCUGGCGCCAGUGCACGAUCUGGCUGGCGGCUUGCGGGGUUUUGCCCCCCGGACACCGGCUGAUCGGCCCCGAGGCGCGGCUGUUCGAGUUGGCGCAGGGCCUGCGGGACGGGGUGCUGCUGUGCCGGCUGCUCGGGACGCUGCGGCCCGGCUGCAUCAGCAGCAAACACAUCAGCCAGCGGCCGCACAUGUCCCAGUUCCUGUGUCUGAAGAACAUUCGGACCUUCCUUUCUACCUGUUGUGACACAUUUGGCAUGCGGAGGAGCGACCUGUUCGAUGCUUUUGAUCUUUUUGAUGUCCGUGACUUUGCAAAGGUGAUCGACACCCUGUCCCGUCUCUCGCACACAGCCGUCGCCCUGAGCUCUGGGGUCAGACCAUUUCCCACUGAAGAGUCCGAUGCUGACGAGGACAUUUACAGGAGCCUUGCUGACCUUAUUGAUGAGGAGAGUGUUGAAGAUGAUGAAGAUCUCUAUGACUGUGUCUACGGCGAUGACGAGGGUGGGGAGGUUUACGAGGACUUGAUGAAGGUUGAAGCAGCCCAGCCAGCAAGACCGACAGAGAGUGACAUCCGCACUUGCUGCCUGCUGGAGAUUAAGCAGACGGAAGAGAAGUACACGGAGACCCUGGAGUCCAUCGAGAAGUAUUUCAUGGGCCCAUUGAGACAACAUUUAACAGCGGCCGAUAUGGAGACAAUCUUCAUCAACAUGGAGGCUCUGGUUAAUGUACACAGGGAUUUGAAUACGGAAGUGAAGUCUGUUAUCAUGUCCCAAAAUCACCAGACCCUCUACCAGGUCUUCCUCAAGUAUAAGGAAAGGUUGCUAAUUUACGGCGAGUAUUGUAGUAAAGUGGAGGAUGCCAUAAAGUGCUUGGAUGAGAUCAGUAAAUCAAGACAAGAUCUGCGGCUGAAGUUUGAGGAAUGUGCAAGGCGAGCCAACAAUGGAAAGUUCACCUUGAGAGAUCUGUUGGUGGUGCCCAUGCAAAGAGUCCUCAAGUACCAUCUCCUGCUUCAGGAGCUGGCGAAGCAAACCACUGAGUGGCCAGAGAAGGCCAACCUACGCCUGGCGCUGGAUGCCAUGAAGGACUUAGCUCAAUACGUGAAUGAGGUGAAGCGUGACAGUGAGACUCUUCGAGAGAUUGCCCAGUUCCAGCACUGCAUCGAUAACAUGAAUCAGCCGCUGGAGAUCUACGGACGGCCCAAGGUGGAUGGGGAGCUACGGAUACUCACUCUGGACAAACGAGGUCGGCAGGACCGCUAUGCCUUCCUGUUUGACAAAGCAGUCAUUGUGUGCAAGAGGCGAGGAGACAACUAUGAAAUGAAGGAAAUUAUCGACCUGAACAGCUACAAGAUCACCAACAACCCAACAACAGACAAGGAAAACAAGAAGUGGUCCCAUGGAUUCUACCUCACACAUCUCCAUGGACACAACGGGUUUGAAUUCUUCUGUAAGACCAAGGAAUUGAAGAAAAAGUGGCUGGAGCAGUUUGCAAUGGCUCUGUCCAACAUUCGCCCAGAACACAGUGACAGCAAUGAGCACAGUUUCACCAUGUACACCUUCGACCAGGUCACCGUCUGCAGUGCCUGCCGCAUGUUGCUCCGAGGGACAUUUUACCAGGGAUAUCUGUGCAUGAGGUGUGGAACGGGUGCCCACAAAGAGUGCUUGGGCAGAAUUGGAGUCUGCAGCAAAGCUGAAGCAGAUCCCAGAAGAGGCAAACAGAUGAAUUGCUUCAAAGGAGACAAGAAGCAAGGCAGCACACUGGACAUGGGUACAUGGAUAGGAAAGGUUCAGAAGGAUCUGGGCCAAGUUAGCUCAGGACUGCCAAGAAUGCAGGUGACCAGGUGCUAUGAAGGAACACCGCAGCCACCCCACACCGGUCCAGCGCUGACCAUUCAGCAGGGAGAUGUUAUCGAGGUUCACGGUGCUGAGGCACAUUCUAUCUGGUGGAAGGGUCGAAAUCUGACAACGAGGGAAGAGGGCUUCUUCCCCCGAGACUGCGUCAAGCCCUUGCCCUGUGUUCCGAAACGUGUGGAUUACUCAGGGUUUGCAUGGUUUGCUGGAGCAGUCGAUCGGCUGCAGGCAGAGGCUGAAUUGAUCAACCGUGGGAACAGCACUUUCCUUGUUCGGCAGAGGCCUAAGGAGUUGGAGGAAUUUGCCAUCAGCAUCAACUACAACAAUGAAGUGAAACACAUUAAGAUUAUUUCCAGAGAUUCAUCCUUCUACAUCGCACAGAACAAGAGAUUUCAUACAUUACAGGAGCUCGUGGACUAUUACAGCUACCACUCCUUGAAGGAAGGUUUCCGCUGUCUGGAUACCACCUUGCAGAUUCCAUAUAAGAUCCCAGAAGGUGCCAGUGGUAACAGAGCUGCACAGUCAGCAGGAUUGUUUGUGAGACCAAAGGUGGUCGGUGUAGCCGUGGCUCAAUACGAUUUCUCCGCCCGGGACAUGAGAGAGUUGUCCCUGCAGGAAGGAGAUGUGGUGACGAUUCACAGCAAGACAGGACCCAAUGGGUGGUGGCGUGGCUCAGUGAACGGGAGGAUUGGUUGGUUCCCCUCCACCUAUGUAGAGGAGGAGGAUUGCUUCCUUUACUGAAUCAGUGCCAGAGGAGUGGGAUGCAGGAAGAGGAUUGCUUCAUGAUAACCUCAUCGUCGGAGGUUUUGGGAGGCAGCACUCAGCAGACAGGGAGAGCAAGUGCGUCCAGGAUCCUGGAGCUGCUGGAGGGGUCUGGAUUUUGGUCUGCUGGGAUGGGGUGUAGGUGGGACAGGAGGGGAAAACCCAAUCAACUCCAGGGUGGGAACUGCGGCCCCUCUGAUUCUGGUCCUGAGCCCUGGCACCAGCUGCUGGGAAUGGUGUCACUGUUUUGUUGGAGGGCAGUACUGAGGGAGGG